GUCAUGAAGGGUUGAGUGGCUGAGUGGGGUCCUUUGUCCCAUCGUCUCUUAUAAGAGGAAGAUUGAAGUCGAAAGCGGUUGGCCAAAAUGCCAGAGGAGAUGGCGGACGGUGGGAGGAGGCUUGUGACCCUCGACGACCUCAUCGAUGCCUUGGACAAGCGUGAGAGGGCGCCGAGCAAUGUCCCAAAGGUCGAGACAUUUCAUUUCAAGGGAGAUCGGGUAUCUGAUUGGUUGGAUCUGACAGAGCAGGUGCUGGUGGGACUGUCAGAUGAGGUCAAGCUCCAGCGGGUCCUGAGGUGCAUCCUGCACAGUCACCAUCGGGAAGUAAGUAAGGUUGUGGAUGCCGCCGGUGGCAGUUGGACAAAGUUUGGGGACCUAAUGCGAAGGAAGUACAGGCUGGGGGACGACCUGUUGACCAUGGCCGACUUGGAGGCCAUGAAUAAGGAAGAUUUCUCUACCAUUGGGGCGUUCGUGCACGAGUUUAAAAAAAAGGCGAGGAAAAUGCACGGGAUUUCUGAGGAGGCACAGUGCGCCAUAUUUUUGGGACUGCUUAUGGGCUCGGAGGCCACAAAGCUGACGAAGUAUGGGGAAGGGAGUGAGAGACUCACCUGGGCAACCAUUGACAAGGGAGUGGAAGAAUGGAGCCUGGACCAAGUGGAGCAACACCAAAUGAGGCUGCAAAGGCGCAAGAGGAAGGAAAGGGAUGCUACUGCAUCCGGGACCCCAGGGGUGAAGAGAAUUGUCACGGACGUGUUGGCGAUACUGGGGUAUGAUAACGAAGCGGAGAUACAGAAAAGAGGGGUGCUAGUGGCCCAAGGCCGGGCGUCAGGGGCAGUGGAUGAGGAGGCUGGGCAAGAAGACUACGGCGGAGGUGAGACAGCCCCGACUAUGUUUAGAGUAUGGCAAGAAAGGGAGGAUCCGGGUGUGAGGGUCGAAGAAAUUGUGGAUGAAAAUGAAGAAGUGACUCAACGGCUAAGGGCAGGGACUAUAAAGGAGGAGCCUAUAGUCGUUGAGUCAGACGAUGAGGCGCAGGAGGUGGUGAGAGAGUCAGCCUCGACCAUCCUGGAAACGAUGGAGGACCUGCUUGCAGAGGUCGGCAGGUAUCAGGAACGACUAAGGGCGUUGUGCGAAGAGGCCCGGGAAUGGGAAAUGAGACUCCCUAAGGUGAUGCUCUAUGGGUCCGGUCCGGAGUCGUCAUCAGGACCGCAAGGGUGUCCAAGCGUGGCGACGAUCGGGGCAGGUCCUAGGUCAGGGAUGACCUUCAGACCCCCUACGUCGCAUGGGAGGGUACCACAGGCCGCGCAGAGUAGAGGCCAAAAUAAGGCUACCGCUAGUCAAGGGCCCAGCCAGGCACCUGGUCGGGCGCCUCCUCGAAAGGACCCUGAGCCUGAGCGAAGGAAAGAGGUGGUAGAGGUUCAAGAAGAGGAGGAUGAGGGUGAUGACGAAGAGGAUGAGAGGCUCCGCCAGGAAGAAGAUCGGCGAGCUGAGCAGAGGGCCAAGAAGAGAGGGAUUCAGGGAGGGGCGGAGCCGAGCCUGCACGAUGGCGUGCCAAAAAGGAAGAAGUACGCGGUCCGGCUGGAGGAGGGCUUUGACGUGGAGCGAAUGGUGGACAAGCUCUUGGAAGGCCACAAUGAUCUGAUGAAUUUAAAAGACAUCCUGGCGUCAGCGCCAAGACUCCGUGAGAUCGCAAUGGUGGACACGGGCGCCGAGAUGAAUAUCAUCCGGGAGCGGGACGCGACUAUGCUAGGGCUGGAGGUGGAUCAUUCGGACCAUGGUGUACUGCAUGGCGCCAACUGUAAGGCCAUUUUCUGCGGCACCGCGUCUAAUGUGAUGGUGGAGAUUGGGAGGGUAAGGGCGCGAACGUGCUUCUUCGUCAUGCCCGAUGUCGACCACCCUAUCCUUCUAGGGAGGUCGUUCCUCUGCCGAACGGAGACCUUGGUCUUCAACAGGCAUGAGGGGACGAUGAUCCUGACUCUAUCCGAUCUGGCCUGCGGGAAUUACGAAAUCAUCAAGUGCCGGAACACAGAGCCCGGAAGUGGGAGGAACAGGCUCAACCUCGGCUCCUUUACCUUCGAGGAGUCUGAGCACGCGCGACGGAGACUCCGGGAGGAGCAGGAGGAGGAAGGAGCAGGCGAGGUGUUGUCCCCGAGCCUUAACGAUGUAAAUAAGGCAAUGGAGGUGGUGGCGGCACAUGAUAUGGCGGACCCUGAAGCUAUAAAGGAUUUGCAACGAAUGAAUGCAGUGACGGUGCGGGACGCGGCAGGAUUGCCGAACGCAGACGCCCUGUCAGAGUCAUGCGCAGGGAGGCCUAUAAUCUCACUUAUAGACCUUUAUUCUGGGUAUGACCAGUUUCCUGUGUACCCGCCGGAUAGGCUGGUGACGGCGAUGCAUACGCCAAGGGGGCUGAUCCACAUGAACGUGGCCCCUCAGGGGUGGACUAAUGCGGUGGCGAUGGUGCAAAGGCACAUGAUUAGGGUUAGUCCACAUAUUACCCAGCCCUACAUUGAUGAUCUGGCGGUCAAGGGUUCAAAGGAGAAGGAGGAAGACGAAGUGAUGCCAGGAGUGAGGCGGUUUGUCUGGAAGCACGUCCAGGAUAUCGAUCAGGUUUUGGGUCUGCUGGAAGGACACAACCUGAUGGCGAGCGGCCCCAAGUCGAAGCAUUGUAUGAGGGAGGCCACGAUUUUGGGCUUUGUCUGCAACGAGAAGGGGCGGAGGCCAGAUGUGAAGAAAACGAAUAAGUUCCUAGAGUGGUCUGACUUUUCGAAGGCAGUCAUGCAGAGGGGCGGAAGGGACGCACGGCCACGGCAGGGACCCCAGGGAGCAGCGGGGAGAGACGAGCGGCACGAGCCGCCUAGGAGGGAGCCUACGCCGGAGUUCGAUGACGACAACAUUGAGCUCUUCUUGGAUGUAUAUCGGGAUUAUGCGGCACAAAGAGGAUGGUCAAUGGCGGAGAGGAUUCACCACUUGAGGGGUAUAGGGCGGUUCGAGGAGCCUGACGCUCAGAUAUGUGAGAAGACCCUGACUUGGCCGGAUGUGGAGGCCGGAAUGCAGAGGUUGAGAGCUUCCCCUAGAGGGCGCGAUGGCAUGCCCAUUCGAUUGGAGGAGGGGAACGCGGAGGAGUUCAGUCCCGUAUAUGAGCACUACAUGUUGAGUCAGGGGAUUGCGCGGGAGGCGUGGGUGCAGGCCCUACUUAUCUGGACGAGGGGGGCAGAGAGGCCGGUGGCCAAACAGAUUCGGGAGAGGGCUCGAGAUUGGGAGGACUGCCAUGCUCAGCUCAGGAGGGCGUUCGGACGGCCACAGCACGAGAGGCAGGAGCCCAGGCAUUCAUGGCCAGAGGGGAUUCCUGAGCCAGGCAGCGAGGAGAUUCCGGAGUCUCCCCCUGAGGCCACCGCUAUGCCUGAGCAGGAGGCAGAGGCGGAGGGUCAGGGAGCGUAUGAGAGAGCGAGGGUGGAGGUACCCCUUGACUUGCCAUCGACCACGCACGUGACCAAGAGCCCAGUUAUCGAGGAGCCUGUUCCAGCGGAGUUACCGCCAACAGUGCCAUGCACGAGCGAGGGGAUGGGGGCUGAGGCGUCGACUCCGGAAGGCCAGGGGCCACGAGUGAGAAGAACCCCAAGAGAGACCCGCGAAGAGAAGUUCGCCCGAGUGUGGGUCCGUCUGGAUGAGAUACACGCGAGGCAGGCUGAGAUGGAGGCAGCAGGAAUAGAGCCGACACCGCCGGUCGAGCCCAAGACGAGUGAGCAGAGGAUCGACGAAUUGUGGGCUAGGUAUAAAAGCCAGAGGGAUGCAGGCCGCCAAAGGUCACGAGAGACGGGACAGGCGGACGAGGGGGCGGGUGAGCUGAGAGAGGUGGGGGACUUGGGGUUCUCCGCGACCAGGCAGGCGAUUGAGCGCAUGGAUCGGAGGGCUUCGCCGAGUCAGGGAGCAGUGGUGGAGGUCUCUCGACAGGCCGAGCCAAUGGAGGAGGUGCCCUUGGACGCAGCCGAAGAGGAGGGUGGCGCACAGGAGUCGCUUAUGGUUAUGUCCACGGAGAGAAGAGGUUCGCAUUUGCAUGAGCUGGCGGCGGCCAUGGGGAUAGGCACGCCACAGGAGGGGUCUCAGAGACUCGACGCUCCAGAGCAUGCCCCGAGGUUGGGAGAGUUGAGGGUGGAGCUAGGCUCAUGGGCCACGGGGACGGACUCAGGAGAGCCUGACUCGCGACAGCAGCAACAGCGGGAGGUCAUGAGUGAGCCCACCACCAUGGGGGGCUCUCAGCCGUCAGGAGCAUGUGGGGAUGAGGUAGUGGUGGUGGCAUGAGUUGGAUACGUCAGGCUCUAAACCAGUGA